AUGAACAUUAGAACAAAAGAAAAUGGAUGUUUAUACAACAGAAAUAACAAACAGAUAUCUACUAAGAUACUAGUAAAAGUGCUUUUUAUAAGUAUAUUUCUAGCAGUACAGAAUAUAUUCGGAACAUUGAGUGAAAGAUGUGCAGAUAAUGCGCUAGAAACUGCAGUAAAUGAAUCGAAAAAUGAGUCUAACCCCGGAAUGAGCGAGCCUCUUGCCUCAAGUAGGCUAUCUUUGUUUAAAAAAAUGAAUAUUCUUCAUAAUAUUCGAUUUAACCCUUCAUACAUAACUAGACAGACUUCUGCAUUAAAGACAAAAGAUGGUUCACGAAAAAUAAACCGAGCAUAUGACACAGUGAAAGAAAAAGAUCUAGACGAAAAUGAAAUACCAAAGAGAAUUGUAGACCAUUACAAUGCACUAAUUAAUAUGUUCCCUUCCUCAGACGGAAAAAUAAGCAUUUAUUCUAAGGAAGGAUGUGAAGACUCUUUCACUUCUUUCUUAAAAAGUGAGAAUGUCAAGGAAUAUUCCCAUAGAAUUCUUGCAGUCCUUCUUAUACGGGCAGAAGGAGUACCUGUGCCAAUGGUAAUUGAGGAGGAAGAAAACAGAAUCCCAAGACUUGUGUAUACUAGUUCAAGCAAAUCUAAAGAAUCCUUCAGUCUUCCCAUAUACACUACUAUUACAGAAGGACAGGAAAGUUCUAGUGAAGAAAAUAUAGAAAAAGUUGACAGCAGAGUAGUGCAGACUAUUAAGUACUUCCUUAAUGUACCAAUCAAUGAACAAUUUAAAGAAGAAAUACAAAAGAAACAGAAAGAAUCUAAGCCAAAGUCAAAAGAAAUUAAUUGCGAAAAUGAAUUUACUAUGACGCCCUCAUGGCUCAUAAAGUCUUAUAUAUGUCACUACUUGAAAACUGAAGAGGAUGCAAUUGAAUUCUAUGAAAUGGCAGCCAAAAAACUAGAGUAUUACAUUCAUAAGUACGCACUAGAUACGAAUUAUACAGAUAAUAUGGGCGUGAUUAUUAAAAAAUUCCGUACCUACAAAGAAAAACAGUUAGAAGAACUUGAGUGGUGGAUAAAGGUAAACCAACUUGACUAUAUGGUUGAAGAUAGUAAAAACACUCAGCCACUUCCUUUCAAGGAUAAUACUCAGCUUCCUACUAAAAGAUCAUCUAGAAUAAGUUUCCAUGAAGAUACUCAGUUAGAAGAAGAACUAAUUUCAAGUGAUGUAGAAUCUGUAGUACUUACUCUACUAUGCUGCUUCGGGUAUAACCCAGAGACAAGAAUGUAUAAUUUUGGCCAUCUUCCAUCUAUGUCAGAAGAAGUGAAGGAUCUGUUUGGUCUGUCAUAUACAAGCAAUCCAUCAAGUAAUAGUAUGUCUGGUAUAGAAGUAGGACAGGAAAUAUCACCGGAUAUUAUGAAGAAAUUGAGUGAAAUAAUUGAGAAAAUAGCAACGGAUACUAGAGAUAUAAACCACAUAUCUGUAGAUGGUCGGUAUGUGAUUCAACCAGAUAUCUUCAAUAUUCUCAUAAUAAUGCUAAAAAUUACAGGAUUGGAUUAUAAUGAAUAUAGGAGAAGAAUUCUGGGUUAUAGAAUCUUAACCGCAAGAAACAUGAAUAUAAACGAUUCAUUAUCUUUGCAGGAAACUGAUCUUACAGACCUUGCAAAAGGCAUAUUCUCUAAGAUGACAAGAGAAGCCAUAAGCAAUUCCACAUUUAUAAAUUGGCGCUUUAUGCCUUCUAUGUUUUCUAAAUAUGAGAGAAAAAUACUUGUGAAAUUUGAGAAUUACAAAAGACAGACUGAAAAUGAUAUAUACUAUUUGUCUGGUAAUCUAGUGUUUCAGUAUGCAACAAAAUAUAAAGAACAAUUAAUGACUAUUCGCUUUGUAUCACUAGAAAAAGUUCAUUUAGAAAUUGGUAAAUGUACUCAAAAAACAUAUGACUCUGAUAACUUACAGAAAGAAAUAAUGGUAGCGAAAAAAGACAGCUAUAGUAUGUAUGCUAUUUCUGAACAUGCAGAAACCCUAAAACAAUGCACUUCGGACGAUAUAGUAGUCGAUGAGGUCAAUAGGGAAAAAAGCAGUACAGAAGAAAAAAACAGCAAAGAAGAAAAAUCCAAGCAAAUUAGUUCUUAUAUCAGCAAAAUAGCCAAUUUCAUGAAAAGUUAA